AUGAAUGAUGAUAACGAUAAGCAGAGGGCGGAGUUACAGACCAGAUUGAAGGCCAAAAUAUGGUGCAGCAUUGAGAAUCAAGUUAAAGAGGAAUUACAAACGAUGAAUAGUGGGAGCACGCGGAUCACGGUUAGUAAUAAAUUUAUUAAUUCAUUAAUGGAAUUGUGCUAUUUACAAUUAGACAAUCUUGGAUCAGAUUUAGAACGAUUUGCGCAUCAUGCCGGCAGAGAAACCAUCACGCAAGAAGAUAUGAUGUUGUUUCUGCGUAAGACACCGAUAUUGCAAGAGAUGGUUUCCGACAUCACGACCGAUGAAUGA